AGAACCAAGAAUAUAUAAUGUAAAUUUGUUACAUAUUUUCCCGCCUUUUAUGUUAAUUGUGCGGCGUGACGCAUUCUUCCGCCCAGCCCGCGCUCACGCGCCACUUCCGGUUCCUUCCCCCCCCUCCUCUCUCUCUCAGCCCGCCGCCAUCAUGUCGCUCGUCAUCCCCGAGAAGUUCCAGCACAUCCUGCGAGUGCUCAACACGAACAUUGACGGUCGGCAGAAGGUGGCGUUUGCCAUCACGGCCAUCAAGGGCGUGGGGCGCCGCUAUGCUCACAUCGUCCUGCGCAAGGCCGACAUCGACCUGAGCAAGCGCGCCGGCGAGCUCAGCGAGGAGGAGGUGGAGCGCGUGAUCACCAUCAUGCAGAACCCUCGUCAGUACAAGAUCCCAGACUGGUUCCUCAACAGGCAGAAGGACAUCAAGGAUGGCAAAUUCAGUCAGGUGCUGGCUAACGGGCUCGACAACAAGAUGCGCGAGGAUCUUGAGCGGUUAAAGAAGAUCCGUGCUCACCGGGGCCUGCGUCACUACUGGGGCCUGCGUGUGCGUGGACAGCACACCAAGACGACGGGGCGACGAGGCCGCACCGUGGGUGUCUCCAAGAAGAAGUAGACGAGGAGGAGGAGGAGGAGGAAGAGUUGGCGGUGGACAGCGACCGCCCCUCAACCGCGCCGCACCGACACCACCGGCACCGCUGCCGUCGUCACGCCUCAAUAAAAACUCCCACAGCGUUGGCAAAAAAAACCCAAAA